GUUGUGGUUUACGAGACUUUAUUUAUGAAUUAUAUGAAUUGAUCUACGCGUUAAACUAAUCCCAGGCACGUUCUUCCGCCACGUAGAUAACCGUUGUUGUUGUCAAUCCUACUACUCACCAUGUACAAAGCCAAAAUCUUGCAAAAAAUCAAAUCGGUGGCAGAAGCCCAUAAGAAUAAAGUCAAAGAUGAGUCCUUCCUAAGCAUCGAGUGCAAGGAUUGCAAAACACGCGGACGUUUCAACAAGGCAUACCAUGAAUGCAAGUUUUACAAAGCAGUUUCUGCGCGUGAUGUUGGAAGUAGCGGUAAGAAACGUAAGCAAUCAGCUACAAUCAAGGAAGAAAAGAAGCAAGCAAAGAGAAAGAAGAAGCAAACAACUGGAGAUAUCAAGUGUAUCAGUUGUGGCUUAAAGGGUCAUUCUACUUCUCGUUCUCUCGAAUGUCCCAAUCACAUUGCUUCAAAGGAAGAAGUUAUUACCUCGACGCUUGGAGAAGGCUCCACUGUAUUCACGAGGAAGCUUCCUCUUACGUCUGCUGUGAAGCCAGAGUUUCGCGAACAAUUCCAAGAAAAAGUCAUCUCUUGCUGCUCUGACAUAAGGAGAAUAGUAUUCUCUAGUCAAUUAUUCGUUAACUCCAAGAAAGACAGUAAAGAAGCCAACAAAGACAGGUCUAUUCCUGAUGUAUUCUGCCAGCAAUUCUGGUAUUCAGUAGUAAAACACAAGCUGACCGUGGGAUAUAGCCAAUGCCUUACAGAGGCAGCAAAGGAAUUGAGCGUCUCUUACACAAACUCCAUUGUAGAGCGCUUCGAGCAGCGCUUAACAAAGUUCCUUACUUACAAAUUGAGAACUAUGCUCCCGAAUAUCAAACGCACUGAUGUACAAAGAAUUGUACAGCUGUAU